AUGCAUCUUGCGCCGAAAGAGCUUGAUAAGCUCGUCAUCUCGCAACUGGGCUUCCUAGCUCAGAGAAGACUUGCUAGAGGUGUUAAGUUGAACCAUACCGAAGCCACUGCUCUCAUCGCGAAUAAUCUCCAAGAGCUUAUCCGAGAUGGCCAGCACAGCGUUGCUGACCUCAUGGCGAUCGGGUCUACCAUGUUAGGCCGGAGGCACGUACUUCCCUCCGUCGUCAGCACUCUCCACGAGAUCCAAGUCGAGGGCACAUUCCCAUCAGGAACGUAUCUAGUAACUGUGCACAACCCCGUCGCUACCGAUGACGGUGACCUAGCAAAAGCCCUAUACGGUAGCUUCCUGCCCAUCCCCAAUCAAGACCUAUUCCCAGCCGCCGAGCCAAGCGCCUAUGAGCCCACCAAGCAGCCCGGCGCCGUGGUGGUAGUCAAAGGGCGCAUCACCCUUAACGAAGGCCGCAAACGCAUCAAGCUCCGAAUCACGAGUAAAGGCGACAGGCCGAUUCAGGUAGGCAGCCACUACCACUUCAUCGAGGUGAACCCGCAGCUCGAAUUCGACCGCGGCGCCGCGUACGGGUUCCGGCUCGACAUCGCCGCCGGCACGUCCGUGCGCUUCGAGCCGGGAGACACCAGGACCGUGAAUCUGGUCGAGAUCGGCGGAAAUCGGGUUAUACGUGGGGGCAAUGGAAUUGCUUCGGGGCGAGUGGAGCUAUGGAGGGUAAACACUGUCGUGGCUGCGUUGCAAAAAGCCGGUUUUGUGCAUGUGCCGGAGCCCACAAGCGGCUUGGAGUUGGUAGAUGCGUUCUCGCUGGACCGCGAGAAGUACAGGACUAUGUUUGGCCCUACGACGGGAGAUAUGGUGCGCUUGGGGGCGACAGAUCUUUGGAUCAAGAUAGAGAGGGAUUUGACGACGUAUGGUGAUGAGUGUAAGUUUGGAGGUGGCAAGACGCUACGAGAAGGUAUGGGGCAGAUGACGGGGUGUUCGGACAAGGAUAGCUUAGAUAUGGUGGUGACGAACGCUCUGAUUAUUGAUUAUACGGGUAUUUAUAAAGCGGAUAUAGGAGUAAAAGAUGGUCUUAUCGUGGGGAUUGGUAAGGCUGGUAAUCCGGAUGUUAUGGACGGCGUAACGGAGGGGAUGAUCGUAGGUAGCUGUACAGAUGUUAUUGCGGGAGAGGGUAAGAUUAUAACUGCAGGUGGUCUGGAUACACAUAUCCAUUUCAUAUGUCCCCAACAGGCGUAUGAAUCUAUUGCUUCGGGUAUUACGACGAUGCUUGGAGGUGGUACUGGGCCUAGCGCUGGAACCAACGCUACUACCUGUACACCAGGGGCCAACUAUAUGCGGCAAAUGCUACAGGCGUGCGACCAGUUACCUCUUAAUAUUGGAAUUACGGCGAAGGGUAACGACAGUGACCCGGGGGCUCUGCGUGAGCAAGUUCUUGCAGGCGCCUGUGGUCUCAAGCUGCACGAGGAUUGGGGUACGACACCGGCAGCCAUCGAUUCUUGCUUAAGCGUAUGUGAUGAACUAGACGUGCAAUGUCUGAUCCACACGGACACACUCAAUGAGUCUGGAUACGUGGAGUCGACAAUUGCAGCUUUCAAGGGGCGAACAAUCCACACCUACCAUACGGAGGGUGCAGGAGGCGGGCACGCCCCUGAUAUUAUUAGAGUCGUGGAGAAUGAGAAUGUACUACCGUCAUCAACAAAUCCGACGAGACCGUACACACGAAAUACUCUAGACGAGCAUCUCGACAUGCUCAUGGUAUGCCACCACUUGUCGCGAAACAUCCCCGAGGACGUAGCCUUUGCAGAAUCUCGUAUCCGCGCCGAGACAAUCGCAGCCGAGGACGUGCUACACGACCUGGGUGCAAUCUCCAUGAUGAGUUCGGAUUCUCAGGCGAUGGGCCGUUGUGGUGAAGUUAUUCUCCGAACUUGGAACACGGCACACAAGAACAAGGUUCAGCGUGGCUGGUUACCCGAGGAUGAGGGUACGGAAGCGGAUAACUUCCGCGUCAAGCGAUAUAUUAGCAAGUACACUAUCAACCCGGCUGUCACGCAGGGUAUGGGCCACCUAGUUGGUAGUAUCGAGAUUGGAAAGUUGGCUGAUCUAGUGCUCUGGGACCCGGCGUGGUUUGGCGCCAAACCGGCGACGGUGGUUAAGAGCGGGUUGAUUGCUUACGCACAGAUGGGCGACCCUAAUGCUUCGAUCCCGACGGUGCAGCCGAUAAUCGCGCGCCCCAUGUUCGCACCGCUGGUGCCGCGGUCUAGCGUGCUGUUUGUAUCUGCGGCUAGCUUGGACACAGUGACCUCCGGGUAUGGGCUACGCAAACGCGUCGAGGCUGUUCGUGGAUGCCGCUCCGUCAGCAAGAAGGACAUGCGGUUCAACGACGCCAUGCCCAAAAUGCAUGUCGACCCCGAGCGAUAUGCGGUGGAGGCAGAUGGUGUGUUAUGUACUGCAGAGCCGGCGAGCGAGCUGCCGCUUACGCAGGCUUGGUUUGUUUAUUAG